CAUGAAGUCAUGUUACGUAUCUCAAAUGGCCAUUUAGCAUUUGUCGGACCAAAAGGAGCAUUUCAACCCACUUUAUUCAAAAUAUGGGACUAAAUAGAAGAAAUGUUACUAUUAAGAGUGACAAAUAUUUUAUUUUUUUGUAUGCUUACCUUUAAUUUUGAGGUGAAAAACAAUAACUCAGUGGAUUUUCCGUGUUUAAAGCGAACACGGAACUACAUAGAAUUGAAUCAUAUUGUCAUGGUGCGUCUUCAUCGUGUUGCAAGGCAUGUUGAGAAAUGUUAAGCUAAUUUUGUUGACUGCGUUCAGAUGGAUAAACAGGUUAAACGUCCAGGGGUCGGAGUUGGGGUCCUGGUAACUGAUUCUGUCCACCCUGGCUGUGUUCUUCUGGGGAAACGGAGGAGCGCAAUGGGCAGAGGAACUUACCAGCUCCCCGGUGGUCACCUGGAGUUCGGGGAAACUUGGGAGGAAUGUGCCCAUAGAGAAGUAGUGGAGGAAGCUGGAGUGCAUUUGGUGAACGUCCGCUUUGCUUCAGUGGUGAACUCCAUCAAACUGGAGGAGCAGUACCACUAUGUCACUAUAAUCAUGCAAGGAGAACUGGACAGGAGGCAGCCUGGAGAGCCAGAGAACCUGGAGCCAGACAAGAACGAAGGCUGGACGUGGACACGCUGGGAUGAGUUCCCUCCAGAGCAGCAGCUUUUCCUGCCGCUCGCUGGUCUGAGACAACAAGGCUUCCAGCCUUUUAGGAGCACAGAAACCUGAAUCUCCUUUGUGACAUUUGCCUGUUUAUCACAAACUGCUAUUAGAAUAACAACAAAUAAAACUUGAUUUUGUUAAAAGUUUCUUAUUUGUAAUGGGUAGUAUUGACGAUGAUGAAGAUGUAAGAGUUUCCAGCCAUGAAAUGAAUGCUGCAGUUAUGAGUUUUGAGCACGAUGAGGCAUGUAGUGUGGAUAAGACGUUUGCAGAA